AUGGACACGCUGAGAGAGACCUUGGAGGUGUUGUCGUCCCACCCUCAGGCCCGCAACAGCUACGAUAUUUACUUGGCAAUGGAACAGCGUGAGGACAAUGCCGAGCUCAAGGCCAUGUCUCUUAUCUCUGAGUUCGUCAAGAGGUUCCGCUCUAUCGAGUUUACCCUGCACCCGGCAGACAUCCCAGGUGAAAGUGCAGGCAAAGGCAGCAAUAUGGCCUGGGCUGCUUGCAAGUUGAGUGAGAAAUAUCCUUUGGGUAUUCGGAGGGAUGUUAUUGUCACAGGAAUCGAUGCCAUUGUCCGCGUUGCUGACAUUCUCUGGUGUGCCGCGGGCAUGUCUGGUCUAUACCAUGGCUCAACAAUUGCCCCACCAACCUCUGUAUACUCUAUACCUCUUUCUCUUGUCGACCGGGUUGGAGGCUGGGACUGUGACCCAGAGGCAAUUGGAGAAGACUUACACAUGUAUAUCAAGUGUUUCUUUGCUCUUAAUGGUCAUCUGACCGUCAGGACCGUUCUCAGUCCCGUAAGCCAGACCAACGUCUCUGGGGGAGCAGGACAGGGCCUUGGUAGUCUUCUCGCGGACAUAAAGGCUCGCUACAAACAGGCUAUGCGACAUAUGUGGGGAGCUCUGGAUACUGGAUAUGCUCUCCGUAAGGUAUUCAAGCUCUGGAAAGAGAGAAAGCACACCUCGAGGGCUUACCGACCGCUACACAGCCCAUCGAAAGAUGCCAUCGAGGCUUACAUUUCUGAAGAUCAACUCCACGAUCCCGAGCAGCCUAUUGGCCUCGGUAUCUUCUCCGACAUUACGCGUGACACCUUGAAACAGCCCGACUAUCAACGUAUCUUCUACCUCUUCCAUCGCCUGUUCGAGGCUCACUUUCUGCCCGUUCACAUGACCAUCCUCGUCGUGGCGUCUACGCUGUUUGUCUGGGUGACCGAGGGCGACCCUGACGUCCAUGGCAUUGACUGGAUCUUUGACGCCUGCAACGUCCUCAGAACAGCCGGCUUCAUGGAGAUAGCACUGUAUCUCUUCCUCUACGAGAGAUUCCACAGUAUCUGCGUCUCUGCCCGAGAGAGGGAGAUGACCGCUGCCGGUCUUGCCAAGGGCAUGCAUUUCUCGUACCGUGCGGUCAGGAGGAACUACAUCGACUAUAUCAUGGUGCCGUUUGUCGCUCCUCUAUACGGUGCGAUUCCAUGUGCGCAGGCGCAGAUAUCCCACUUCUGGACCCUGGACUUGGUGUACUCGGUCAGCAAGAAGAUCACUAGACAACGAGGCAGAUCUCUCUCGGCGGCGUCGCUGGCAUGA